AGAUCUGAAGUCUCCCCUGCCUCCCCCGCCGCAUCAGUUCUCUUACUCCCUCCUCCGCCGCGCCACUGACUCCUUCUCCGCCUCCAACCGCCUCGGCCAGGGCGGUUUCGGGUCCGUUUAUAAAGGCCUCCUCCCCUCCGGCCAGGAGAUCGCCGUGAAAAUCAUGGAAGCUUCGGGAUCCCUACAGGGCGAGAGAGAGUUCCAGAACGAACUCUCCCUGGCUUCCCGGAUCGACCCGGCCUGCUGCCCCCACAUCGUCUCCAUUCUCGGCUUCUCCUCCGACGCGAAGAUCGGGAAGAAGAGGCUCAUUCUGGUGUACGAAUUUAUGCAAAAUGGGAGCUUACAGGACGCUCUAAUGGACAGGAAGUGUCCCGAGCUGAUGCCAUGGCAGAAGAGAUUUUCAAUUUUGGUAUCCAUAGCUAAGGGCAUUGAGUACCUUCACCACUCCUGCGAUCCCCCAAUCGUUCACGGCGACAUCAAGCCCUCAAAUGUGCUGCUGGAUCACAAUUUCGAUGCCAAAAUCGCCGAUUUCGGAUUGUCCCAAUCCAUGAGCCUAGACAACGAAGGUGGGGAUGAAAAUCUAGGGUUUGCGAACCCGGACGAACAGAACGGGUCGAUUCUUGAAGGGAACGUGACCGCAAUUUUGGAGGAGGAUGUGACCCAAUCCCCAGAGAGUUGUUGCAUCAAGAUUUUGGAUGACGCAGAGGAGCCCCCAUUGUCCGAAUCGGAAGGGGUUAGUGUGGGUAGUUCAUUGAGGAGAGAUUGGUGGUGGAAGCAAGAAAACCCCAAUGGGGGUUCCGAAUCGGGGAGAGUGAAGGACUACGUGAUGGAGUGGAUCGGUAGCGAAAUCAAGAAAGAGAGACCCAAGAAAGAUUCGAAAGGGAUCUAUCAACCAGAGGAUGAUGAUGAUGAUGAUCAGAAGAAGAAGAAGAAGAAGAAGAAGAAGAAGAAGAAGCACCACAAUGUGAAGCCCAAUAAGCCAAGAAAGAGCCGGAAGCCGCGGGAGUGGUGGAAGGAGGAGUUUUGCGAGGAACUAACGAAGAAGAAGAAGAAGAAACGGGGCGCGUCCCACGGGGGAGAGACGUGGUGGCAAAGGGGGGAGGAGGAGGAGGAGGAGGGGAGGAAGAAGAAGAGGAAGAGCAAGGGGAGCAUUGAUUGGUGGAUAGACAAUCUAAGUGGAGAGUUUGGUGUUGGUGGUGGAAGGAGGAGUAGCCAAGACGUGACGAAUGACGGAUUUGCCCCCAAGAGCGGGGGCGUGACGAGCACCCCAAGCAUGAGGGGUACGGUGUGUUACAUCGCGCCCGAGUACGGGGGCGGCGGCGGGACCCUCUCCCGGAAGUGCGACGUGUAUAGCUUCGGCGUGCUACUACUCGUCCUAGUCUCGGGGAGGAGGCCGCUCCAAGUGACCGCUUCUCCGAUGGCGGACUUCGAGAGGGCGAACCUCGUGUCGUGGGCCCGGCACCUCGCUCAGAGCGGGAAGCUCUUGGAUCUUGUGGACCCCAAUGUGGAGUCGUUGGAUCGAGAACAAGCGUUGCUCUGCAUAACGAUCGCACUGCUCUGCUUGCAGCGCUCGCCGAACAAACGUCCGACCAUGAGAGAGAUUGUGGGGAUGCUUUGCGGCGAAUCGAAUCCGCCGCCGUUGCCGUUUGAGUUCUCCCCAUCACCACCUUCAAGUUUCCCUUUCAAGUCUAGGAGAAUCCCCAGGUGAGGCCAUCACAUCUGGAGCAUAGACUCUAGUAUAGCAAUGUACCAUCUUGUAGAGAAGAUCUUAGAAGAAACAAUGACGUCGACGAACAACGCGGUGGGGUCCCCGUAAGUCGGGGGGAAAACAUAGAGAGACUGUUUCCGAAAAUGCCCUUGGUCAAAAAAAGCAUGAUCAUAUGAGUUGUAUUCCUCUUGUUCAUAGUUUUGAAUUAUUUUUCCCACUCAUAUUAUUGUGAUCAUUGAAAAAGCUAGCUAGUGAUGAAAGCUCAAGGGGA